AUGACUGUCCGUACACCGGCCGUUCGUUUCAAACAGUAUCUGUCCUCGUUUUUCUCGACUCUCCGUAAGCGAAAAGGGAAUGGGGCGUUGCGGGACCUACAGGAUGGGGGUGAACUUUCUAUUGGAGAAAGUUACGUCACCUUAGGGCUGAUAGAACAUGUGAUAGAAAUUGAACAAGUUUCCAUAAUUACGGAGAAGCUUUCCAUUCAAAUCCCAAUUAUUCAACUCCCAGUUGAAAUAUGGGAUAUAAUCGUCGAUUUCGCAGUCGCCGAGAGCCGCGCCCGCUUCGAAGACGGUCAGCGCUGGCUGCAAAAUUAUGGAGGCGUUUGUCGGGCAUGGUAUCUGCGUUGCCGAUUCCACGCGCGGCAAGCAAUUUCCUUGAGCAACAAGACGACGAUUCACACUCUUCGUUUGAUCAAGAUGUUAAAGGGCCAGCCAGAAUAUGCUUCGGGCAUCGAUGCGGUGUGUAUUGAUCGGAAUAUUGAGGUGCUAGGUCCUCUUGCGACAUAUAUGGCGCAGAAGCUGCCUCGGAUGGCAACGCUGGAUGUCUUGCACUGCUGUUGGAGAACAGGAGAACCACGCACGCGGAUUUUCCACCGGAUGAGUGCAACGUUUCAGUCAAUGACGCGACUCCGACUCUUUGCAGUUGUAUUCUCGUCGCCUGUCAUCCUCGCGCGGCUGGUGUACUCGUUCCCCCAUCUUUGCAGCCUGACGUGCGUUGCAGUGACGUUCGAAGCGCUCGUUCUCGUCCCAGGUCCCUUGCCUUCGCUGGAGGGUAUCAGCCUGCAAGACGUGCGCGUUGGUGCUCGCGACGACGUGGUUGGGCUGCUCGUACAUAGCUCGCUUUGCGAGAGAGUCCGAGAAGUGACUCUGGAGUGUAUAAGUGCUCGGGAAUGCCAGAGACUGGUGGACACUGCAGGCGAAUCACUGUCCUACCUCAACAUAUGGCCUUGCAGGAAAGAUACUUAUCGUAAAGACUAUAGGGGUUGGGAUGAUUUCCCCCUUGAUAUCACACCGGCCGUCAAUCUACAUGCACUUCGAGUCAGCCACUUCUCUUUUUCUUCUAUCCACUGGCUUGCAGCCUUCCUGUCCCGUGCAUCACUACCUCAGCUUCACGAGAUCGAGGCGAAUUUUCCAUUUUACGCAGUCACCGAGACUCAGCUGUGGCAGGCAGCCAGUGGGGUUAACGACUAUUAUUUCACGCUAAUCGACCUACUUUUGUCCGGGCCUCGAUACCCUGCCAUUGCCUCGGUUACGUUCAAACUUGAUGUUGCCAGUUACCGCAGAUCGGAAGUGAAGGAUGUGCCAUCUGAGGAGGCCUGGCGGCUGUGUCUCGCGUCUAGGCUUCCGAGGUUACAUAGAAGACGACGUCUUCGGACACCCGUAGUGGUGAAUGUUAAUGAUGAAUGGUCAUGA